UAUUACUGUGGGCGUGGCCUUGCGCAUCAACAGGCGUGACCUGAGUCCACAAGUGGGCGUGGCUUGUUUGCCGGAUCCGCCGCUGUGUCUUCUCCCUCUGGAGUUCCAGGCCAGCGCGCGAGAGCUGCAGUCAUGGCCCGGCGGAGGGAGCGGGUGUGCGCGUGCAUGAGCCUCCUCAUCCUCAUCGUCGUCUUCAUCAUCAUCAUCGUCGCGUGCUCGUCGCGGCUCGUGGGCCAGGACUGCGAGGGGGGCUCGUUUAAGAAAGCUGCGGUGGCCGCGGACUCUGAGACGUGCUCGCAGGUCGGACGAGACGUCCUGCAGGAGGGCGGCACGGCGGUAGAUGGCGCAGUUGCGGCCCUCAUAUGCACGUCAGUAAUAAACCCACAGAGCAUGGGCAUCGGUGGAGGAGUCAUAUUCACCGUGAUGGAGACGAACGGUAAAGUGAAGAUCAUCAAUGCCAGAGAGACGGCUCCCAAGCUGGUCAAAGCGAACCUGCUCUCCGAGUGCUCCACUAACGUCCAGCAGGUCUCAGGUAGUCAGUGGAUCGGCGUUCCCGGUGAAAUCCGUGGUUAUGAGCGUGUUCACAGGCUGUACGGUCGUCUGCCCUGGUCCCGUCUGUUCCAGCCCACCAUCCGUCUGGCCAGAGAGGGGUUCAAAAUGCCAAACAUGCUCUCGCGCGUCAUCUCGUACUUCAGCCAGACCCCUCUACUGAAGCAGCUGUUCGUGGACGCAGAGGGGAAGAUGCUGAAGGAAGGAGACAUUGUGAAGUUUGAGAAAUUAGCAGACACCCUGGAGAAGAUAGCAGAGCGUGGAGCCAAUGAGUUCUACACAGGAGAAACAGCCAGAGACCUGAUCAGUGACAUAGAGGAAGCAGGUGGAACUGUCACCAUGGAGGACUUGAGAUCGUUUGAAGUGUUUGAGUCUGAAGCCUGGAAGGUGCCUCUGGGCAAUUACAUUAUGUACUUCCCCCCUCCACCUGCAGGAGGUGCAGCACUCAGCUUUAUACUCAACGUCAUGCAAGGCUACAUCCUAAAGCCAGCGUCUGUGCAGAAGAAAGAAGAUCGUGAGCUGACCUACCAGCGCUACGUGGAGGCCUGUAAGUUCGCUAACGGGCUGAAGAGGUUCAUGAGAGACCCCAGGUUCGGCUCUGACGCGGAGGCGUUCAAUAUGACUCAGAAAGAGUUUGCUGACCACAUUAGAAAGAAGAUCACAGACGACAGAACCCACGACGCUCAGUACUACAACGUCACCCCAGGAGUGGACACUCCGGGCACCACGCAUGUGUCCGUGCUGGACGAGCACGGCAUGGCUGUGUCCGUCACCAGCACCAUCAACCACAUAUUCGGGUCCAAAGUUUACUCCCCCAGAACAGGCAUCAUCCUCAACAACGAGCUCUCAGACUUCUGUGGGAAAACCAACCACAUUCACCCAGGUGAGCAGCCUCCAUCCUCCAUGGCUCCGGUCAUUCUUCAUUCCAAAACUGAGGAAAAUACCAUUAUUAUCGGAGGUUCGGGGGGGAGCAUGAUCACCACCGCGAUGGCCAUGACGCUCAUGAACUACCUGUGGUUUGGAAAGAAUCUGGACGAUUCCAUCUCUGCACCUGUCGUGUAUGUGGACGGUAAAAACGCGCUCAAGUUUGAGCCCCACUUCGACAAGGAUGUCAUCGAGGCUCUAAGAGGACUCGGACACACAGUUGAAGAUGCGAAGCUUUUCUUUAACGUGGUCAACGGAAUAUCAAAGCAAGAAGGAGAGUGUAUCGACGCCGUGUCAGACGCUCGGAAGAUGGGCAAACCUGCAGGAUACUGACCUUUUCUUAAGAUCUGACUCGUUUAGACCACAACACUCUCACUCCUCUCACUCCACACAGAACACAAGAACAGAUGUUAGGCUGCUGUUACAAAUUACGGCAGCAGUCGAAGAAGGGACUGAGAACAGGGUUCUCUUUCAAGCACUCGUUUCGGUAUCUCACUAUGGGGACACGCCCCUCUGCGUUGUCCUCAGAAGCCAUAUUUCAUUACGUGCCGUGGAGGCAGGGUCCCCUCCUGCCUUAUCAUCUAUGGCACGGCAUCAAAAAAUCAAUCUACAACCUCUUCUCGCUCUCAGAGGCAAGCUACCCUCUCUGACAUGGUGAACUCAGCAAACAGGUGAGUCGAACUGUUCCCAGAGUGUGCUAACUACUCCGUCACCUGUUUGGUCCUCACCUCAACCACUCGGAGAAGUAUCGGGCUAGCCUGUGUCCAAACAGUAGCCUCCGCCAUCUAGCCACAACACUACCCACUCUGUGCUUCAACGGAAACAUGUCGGCAGUGGACCCUUCCCUCACCAUGGAGAAGUGCGAUGCUCCAGCCAAGACAUAAGUCUGUGGGAAUAAGAUCUUGAGCAUGGACACCCGCUCAGCUUGCGCCGUGUGCCUAGGGCUGCAACAUGCCCAGGCUGCAUUAGCAUCCCUGGGUUUGAGUGAAGAAUGUGCUCACUUUUCUCUUAGGACCCUGGGGUGCAGGUAGGCAUGCCAAGCUGGCCUGACGGGAAAAGAUCCCAUGGGGGAAAACCAUUCGCCCACCACUAGACUCAACAGCAGGGUCUCAGGAGCCCAACAUUCCUGAAGGAGCUACCUGAGGCGAUCAGCUUGAUACGAUUUAUCCAUUAGUUGACUAAGUGGACACCUGCGUGGCCACAGGUCGCUCCGACUCAGAGGAAGAGUUAGUCGCUCCACAUUCCCGAAGAGGAGGACGACGACAAGUCCUUCAUUCCCUCUGUACAGGCUUCGAAGGCCGUAGCAUCAGAGAGCGAGUGCAGCACAGCUGAUGGGUCGCCACACCCCACCGCCAGCAUGGACCUGCACAUCCUCUGCAAGAAACUCGGCAUCCCUUGGCUGGACGUCUUCAUAGAGACCACCAUGUCUCGAUAUGAGGGGGAGCGUCUGCUAAAGGCGAAGUGCUCCGAAAGACAACUGCUGGCUGUUUGAGUGGCCACCUUCAGCAGUCAGGCUUCGGGAUGAGCCUGUCUGGCAAUACAGGAGUCUCAAUAUAACGUAGUAGAUACCAAAACGAGUGCUUGAAAGAGAACUUUAGGUUACAAAUAUAACCCUGGUUCUCUGGUAGCAUGAGUGAGGUAUCUCACCAGACCACCCUCCUUGCCAGGAGCGAGGAAGAGGUGUGCUUAUAUAAGGCAGGAGGGGCUCACACGUCUCAGAAAUAUGGCUUCUGAGGACAAUGCAGAGGGGCUUGUGCCCUAAGUGAGAUACCGCACUAUCAGAGAACCAGGGUUACGUUUUGUAAUUUAAAGCUUGCUUCACAUUGCACAUUUUUUGGGGUUAAAACUGUCAGGAGACCCCCUCUUUGCCAACACCCCCCAAACACAUACCACUAUACACAUUCAGAUGAAUACAGAAGGAUAACUGAAUAUCACAUCUACUCACUUCCAGGGCCUGCUGUCCUCAGCGAGCACUUCAACACGAAACCACAAAUCUUUAGCCGGUCAGUCAAGACCCUCCCUCAGUAACAUGUUCACUCAGUAGAAAUUCUGCACACUGAAAAAGAUGGUUCUUCAAAGAAAAUGGUUCUGUAUAGAAAUAUGAGCAGUCAAAGAACUCAUUGCAUGAUUACAGUUAUUUCAGACAGAUGGAGAAUGUGUUUUAUGUGGUUCUAUAAAGGACCUUUUUGAACAGGGUUCUAUAUAGCACCAAAAAUUCUUCUGCUGUUGUUACGAUGUCAAGACUUUUUGGUGCUGUUUACAACCCUAUACAACCCAUUCUCCAUCAGUCUGAUGAACCUUAAUGAUGCAACAAACACUUUAACCAUACAAAGGGUCCUCUGCUCAGAUGGAGCGAAGUCACACUGUGAGGAAAGCAGCUAGUCUGGAGAUUUUCCAACUGGAAAGAUAUCAUUUUUAUCGUGGCCAGUUCCGCCUCUGCAGCGCCCCCUCUGGUUCAAUUCUGCUAUAGUUACGGAUGACAUGUCUUUGUACCAAAGUACCAUGACACGUCACAGUGUGCAAAUCAGCCAACCAAUGUUAGCGCCCCCUGAUGACGCCAUACUCACGCUGCACUCGUAAACAUGACAGCACAGGAGCCGAGAGUGAGCAGAGAACCACCCUCAUGCGCUGAGCUAAACACCCCCAGCACCUCCUCACAGGGCUGUGAUGCGCCAGCUGUCUGUACCAACUGUAAAUAGCCAGUUAAUCUGAGUUUAGUUUGGAAUAAAGACGUUGGACAGAUUAAGUGAGGAUUCUUGAGUCUUAAUAAAGCUGCUAGUGUUGCAUCCGAUUCAGGUUUCCCUUCACAACUCGGACCCUCGGGCGCGACUCACUGAAAACAAAUCAAUGGCAAGCAAAACUGGUUCGACACGGUUCAGGAAAGGUUAACGUCAAAUUCCAGACUGCAUCAGCCUUCCAUCCGUACAGCCUUUCUCUUACUUUUUCCUGCUUUCCGUAGUUCCAGUGUUGCUCGUCUGAUUUCUGUUCAGCGCCCGAGGGUUUGAUUUAUGAAGGGGAACGUGAAUUUGAGUGGGAACUAAAUCGGAUGUAACACUGUUAAGUAUCAUGAACAGCUUGCAGAGCGUAAGGAUUUAAGGCCACUGCAACAAACCCUGGCUGAGCAGUGAUGCAGUCUGGGACCUUGAUGUCAGACUGAAGGAAGUGGAGACAGACUUUAAAGAAAUCCACUUUAUUCUUUCAGAAUCCAUCUAAGAAAUCAGGAAUAUCGAAUGUGAACUUGCUGAUCAGAUCAUUAGAUUCUGUUUGAUUCUGUUUCUCGCCAUAUUUUCUGAUCGCUGACGUACACUGGCUCUAAAAACACAGCAGCCCAGCCCGCCCGGUUCCCUCCCAGCCCCACCUCCAAACCCGUGCAUCACUGCAGUGCCCCUCCCAGCGUGGCCCGCCCACUUUUGAGCAUUUUUCAAAGUUGAGCCAGGGAUGUAGUUACAUUUUAAUACUUCGACUACGCGCUGCUGAUUACUGUCGAAUCUCCGGAGCCCAGAAAAUGGUAUUCAGGACAGCUGCAAGAAAUCAGUCACUGACAACUGACAAUCAUAAUUUCAUACAAUUGUUAAAAUGAUCUUCUCUGUGUUUCACGAGGAAUAUGUAGCACCACUCUCACAAGUCCUGUAGAACCACCUCGGGACUGCGUGCCGACCCCCAGCUGAAGAACCCCUCUAAGUUCUAGAUGUGUGAAUGUACUGUAGCCCAACAUCAUCGACUCAUGUGUUUUAUAUCUGCUGUAUGUUCCCCUCAGAUGAAACCUCAGAGCUUUGGUCAUAUAUUUAAACUUGUUUACUCUUUUUAAUACUAAGCAAUGUUGCAGCUGUAUUUUUGUAUUAAAUGUUACUUUGGAGAAAUUA